AUGACCGUCCCACAAUCAGGAGAAUUUGGUAAACGGUUGCUAGUGAACAUAGUCGAUGAGCGUGCCAAGAACGAACCUGACCGGGAGUGGGUGUCGGUCCCUAAGUCGUCCGACCCCAAGGACGGCUGGAAGAAGAUCACAUACAAGCAGGCAGCCAACGCCGUUAACCGGGUCGCCAACAAGCUCGUCGCGUCAACUGGAGUACCAAGCCAAGGCGACUUUCCUACCGUCGCCUAUAUCGGCCCCAGCGAUGUCCGGUAUCUCGUCUUUGCCCUGGGCGCCGUCAAGGCGGGCUAUAAGGCCCUCUUCAUUUCCCCGCGCAACUCCCAGGAGGGCCAACUCAACCUCUUUGAGCAGACAAACUGCCAGGUAAUUUGGUUCGAAGCGACCUACAAAGACAUCGUCCAGUCGUGGGUGCAGGAGCGGGACAUGCAUGCGUUCAUGACGUUCCCCGUCGAGGCAUGGUUCCCCGAGGAACACAUCGAGCCGUAUCCUUACAAUAAAACCUUUGACGAAGCCGAAUGGGAUCCGUUGCUAGUUUUGCACACGAGUGGUAGCACUGGCUUUCCAAAACCGGUCGUUGUGAGACACGGGAUGUUGGCCAUUGCGGAUAAAUAUCACAACCACGGCGAGUGGAACGGGAAAAGGUUCUGGCUCGACGAGAUGGCGCGACGGUCCACGAGGAUGCUGCUUCCAAUGCCUCUCUAUCAUGCUGCCGCGCUUUAUCUCGCCUUGUUGAUCAUUCAUUAUUGGGACCUCCCGGCGGCGUUUAGCGUCGGCGAUCGCCCUCUUUCGGCCGAUAUGACGCUGGAUUGCUUGCAACAUGCGGGCGUUGACUCCGUCCUUUUACCCCCUGCAAUUCUUGAGGAAUUGAGUCAAGGGGAAGGAUCCGUCGAUGCCUUGAAGAAGCUAGCAUUUGUGGGAUUUGGCGGCGGAAGCUUAUCAACGGAGGCGGGUGACAGGCUAGUCAAACAUGGUGUGAUGUUCGCACCCUACCCGGCCUACUGGCAGCCAAACCUGGAGCUUUGGCGGUACUUCAUCUUCAACUCGGAGCUCUUUGGCUGCGAGUGGAGAAAGGUAGAAGGGGAAGACAUCUUCGAGCAAGUCAUCGUGCGCAAGGACAAAGAUCCCGGAUAUCAAGGCUUCUUCUACACCUUCCCCGACGCCAAGGAGUACAAGACCAACGACUUGUUCAAGCCGCAUCCGACGCUACCGGAUCAUUGGAUGUAUCAAGGCCGGGCUGACAGCAUCAUUGUCUUCUCAAACGGCGAGAAGCUUAACCCCGUCACUAUCGAGACAGUCGUGAUGGGCCAUCCAAAUGUCAAGGGAGCAAUCGUGGUUGGCAGUAACCGGUUCCAACCUGCCCUCAUCCUUGAGCCGAUGAAGCAGCCCCAAACGGAACAAGAAGCCAAGGAGUUCAUCGACAGCGUCUGGCCGACGGUGGUCAAAGUCAACGAGGAGACGGUGGCCCAUGGCCAGAUCGGGAAGCAGUUCAUUGCCAUCUCGAACCCCGACAAGCCGUUUCUCCGAGCAGGCAAGGGGACGAUCCAGCGGGCCGGCACCGUCAGGAUGUACAAAGAGGAGAUUGACAAGAUUUACGAACACGUCAAUGAAGUCACAUCCUCCGAAGCGCCAGUUCUGGACUUCAGCUCCAAAGAGGGGUUGACUGAGUCGAUCGAGGCCAUCUUUGAGAACCGGUUGCGGUCACCGAAAUUAGAGCCAGACACGGACUUCUUUACCGUGGGAAUUGACUCGAUGCAGGUCAUCAACGCCUCUCGGCUGCUUCGGGCGGGCCUGGAAGCAAGUGGCCUUCGUGUGGACGCUUCGGCCCUGGCCACACGCGUCAUCUAUGGGCAUCCGACCUCCCGGCGACUGGCGGAAUUUCUCUUCUCCUUGGUGAGCAGUGAUGGACAGGACGCCGUAACGGGUGAGACGCAGUACGAGGCCCAUACCAUGGAGGCUCUACUCGAAAAGUACACCAGGAAUAUGCCACGGGCCCGGGCCGACAAGCCCCUGCCGCUCGACGAAGGCCAGGUGAUCGUAAUCACCGGGACGACGGGUGCCUUGGGGUCGUAUAUGCUUGAGAUAGCAUCGUCCUGCCCCAAAGUCAAGAAGGUCAUUUGCCUCAACCGCACGGAUGACGCCGAGGCCCGGCAAAGACAGGCCAACGUCGACCGUGGUCUCAACAUCGAUUUCUCCAAGGCCGAGUUCUUGCGCGCUGAAAUGUCGCAAUACGAUCUAGGACUUGAACAAGGAGUGUACGAGCGGCUCUUGGCCGAGGUGGACAGGGUCAUCCACAACCAGUGGCCGGUUAACUUUAACAUGCCCAUCGAAUCCUUUGAGCCGCACAUCCGAGGGGUCCGCAAUCUAGCAGACUUCAGUUGCAACGCGACAAAGCGAGUUCCUAUUGUCUUCAUCUCCUCCAUCGCCACUGUCAGCGCGUGGAAGAAGCCAACCCCUGUGCCAGAGGAACCAUUGCAUGAUUUGGAUAUCAGCACCGGCGGUUACGGCCAGUCCAAGCUGAUCAGCAGCCUGAUCUUGGAGAAGGCAAACGAGGUUUCCGGUGUCCCCAUCGAAAUCAUGCGCGUCGGGCAGAUCGCCGGUCCAAGCAGCGAAAGAGGCAUCUGGAAUAGGCAAGAGUGGCUCCCCAGCAUCAUUGCCAGCUCCGUAUAUCUCGGCCUCCUCCCGGACAGCCUCGGCCAGAUGACCACAGUUGACUGGACGCCAAUCGAAGGAAUAGCGAACCUUGUGCUCGAGGCAUCCGGAGUGACGUGCAACGUCCCGGUAGAAGAUAUAAAUGGGUACUUCCACGGCAUCAACCCGGCUAAAACACAAUGGAGGCCGCUGGCAGAGGCCGUCCGGGAGUUCUACGGCGAUCGCAUCCAGAAUCUAGUCAGUUUCGAUGUGUGGGUGAGGGCGCUGGAGAAUAGCCAAGCCAAGGCAGAGGACAUCAGCAGGAACCCAGGUGUAAAGCUGCUCGACACCUACAGGGCUUGGGUAACGGCAAUGAACGAGGGGCAGGGAUACGUCGCAAUGGACACAUCGCGGACUUCGAACCGCAGCAGGACGAUGCGCGAGAUGCGCGCCAUCACGCCCGAGCUCAUGAGGAACUGGUGCAGGCAGUGGCAAUUCUAG